UCCCGUUGAAAGAAAAUGCUAAACUUGCCCUGGACUUCUGGAUAUACCACCCUGGGAUGCACUCUAAGAAACACUGGAUUUCACUGGAUAUUUAUCUUAAUAAUUUAUGCUACAAUGUGUGUUAAAUAUAUGACUGCAGAACAGAUUACAGUUGAUCCACCUUCCAAUCUUCACAUUGUUGAUCCUGGACAUUUAGGAAUGUUGGAUAUACUCUGGGAGCCUCCAGCUACAAUCAGUGCCUACAGAGAUUGUUUGGUUCUCUAUGAAUUACAAUUCCAGAGCACCGCUGACGAUUUAUGGAGGGGCAUAAGGACGCGACAGCUUAAACACACGGCUGCGUUCAACCUCAAUGGAGAGAUUGUGGUAAAACUGAGGACUUAUUUGAAAGGAUCAUGCUUAAAAUUUUCACAAACGUCGAGUGAAUGGAUUGAAGCAAAUUACUCCGUUCCUUUUCAAGGGAACCCGGAAUCUCAAAUUCAAAAUUUCCAAUGUACCUUUUAUAGUUUGGAAAUUCUAGAAUGCAUUUGGAACCCAGGGAAAGAACAUGAUUCCCGCAGCAAUUAUGAGUUUCAGUAUUGGUAUGAAGGGCUGGCACAGAAAAAGACAUGUGAUUCCUACAUUGAGUCAAAUGGAACUAAUAUUGGAUGCGUAUUCCGAGAAAAUGAGCUGGAACACCACACAGAACUGUUUGUAUGUGUUACAGGAACGCCACAUCUAAACCCAAUUAGGUCAUCAUACUUUAUAUUCAAACUUCAGGAUUUAGUUAAGCCUGCGGCCCCAGAGGGACCAAUUAUGACUUUUACCGGAGAAAAUGACCUGAUACUGGAAUGGAAAGUCCCUGAAGGAAAAGUCCCGGAACAGUGCUUGAUAUAUGAGAUCCAAACUAAAGAUCAAGAAGAUGUUUGGGAGACAACUACAGAAGAAAGAGAAACCACUGUUUUUAUUAAGAAAUCAAACUCUAGUCGCAUAUUGUGUGCACGGAUCAGAGGGAAGGUUAACAUGUUUUGUGCAAAUGAUGGUUUUUGGAGUGACUGGAGUCCUGCUUCAUGUUGGAAAGAGCCAUCUUCAGACUAUACCAACGUGCUAUUCUUUUGCAUUGGAGGGGGUGCUAUAAUACUGGUUUUGAUAUGUGUCCUCUUAUUGGUUGCCACUAUGAAAACAAAAAGAUACUGGUCUCGGAUUUUACAGCACAAAGCGAAAAAAAUUGUUUCUGAAAUGGAUGGGACCAAUGUGUUACACUGAUUAUAUUACAUAGAAAAAAUCUCUAUCCAGAAUGCAACACACAUUCAGGAGACCACAAUUUAGCUCUAUGGACAUUUUUUCUUUGUUGAAAAGCAGGAUUCUCAUAUUUCACUGAUGUUUGUGUUGGAAUAUCAAAAUACUAUGUAUUAGAUAACAUACAUUUAUUACAUAAUACUUAAUCCUAACUAUUUAAUACUGUAAUGU